AUGAUAAAUUUGCAGAUAUGGCAUUAUUUAGGGUAUUUGAUUGGGCUGUUUGUUGCACUAGAGCCGUCUUACAUCCAUCCAGAUGAACAUUUUCAAAGCUUGGGGAUUCUUUGGCCCAGAAUAAUGGGAAAACAGAGGGCGUUGCCUUGGGAAUUCAGCCCCUCAAAUAGCGCACGAAGCUAUGUACCAUUGUAUCUUACCUAUGGUCCUCUGUUAUAUUUGAAUAAGUUCGUUUUUCAUUUAGAGUCACCUACUACUAUUAUGUACCUUAUGAGGUUACAAAAUUACAUCAUGUUUACUCUGGUCACCAAAUUGUCAUUACAAUUCUUACUGAAAUCUAAGAUAGAGCGUUCAAAAGCCGACUUUUUUAUCUCGACAUCCUACAUUAUAUGGUGUUACCAGUCGCAUACAUUUUCAAACUCUAUUGAGACCUUGAUCUUAUUGGUAGUGUUGUCUCUGUUCAAUGUUCUCAUUCAGGAUUCGCGUGAUAUUAAGUGCAAGCAUUACAAAACAUCUUUCAUACUGGGAUCUACUAUAGCAAUUGGCGUCUUUAAUCGAAUUACCUUUCCUGCCUUUAUUAUUUUACCCUCAAUACCAACAUUUCACACCUUCUUCCUCCAUAAUAUUAAGGCAUUCAUAAUAUUUUGUGGCGCUUUUAUUUUAACUUGCGGAGCUUGUAUAUAUUUCGACACGCUGGCUUACGAAUCUACUGAAUGGUGUAUUGCACCUUUGAACAAUCUCCUCUAUAACCUGGACAGUUCCAAUUUGGCCGAACACGGUUUACAUCCUCGCUACACACACAUCUUGGUGAAUCUGCCGCAGAUGCUCGGUCCUUCAUUGAUUUUUUUCCUCUCAAGGAAAAAGCAUAUUACCUUGCCAUUUCUUUCUUGCAUUUCCGGCAUUUUCAUAUUAUCACUAUUCAAGCAUCAAGAGUUGCGUUUUUUGGUUCCUCUCAUGCCACUAUUGGCUAUGUCGAUUGAACUACCAAAUUUUGACAGGUAUAUCAAUUCAAAUCAUGUUAUGAGAUUGUGGUUAUGCUUCAACAUCAUAAUGGGUAUGAUUAUGGGCUGCUUUCACCAGCGUGGUGUCAUCACGGCACUAGAUCAUUUGAAUCAGGAGGAUGCACAUAUGGGAGUUCAUAUAUGGUGGAAAACAUAUUCUCCACCGUCUUGGAUGUACACUGCAGAAAAUCUAACUAGCUCUACCACCAAUUUCGUUAAUGACGAAGAGAGGUUAGAUAAUGUGAAGUUCACUGCAUUAAAAAACCACGAGGUUGAUCUGAAAGGCUGUAAUGACGGUCUUCUAAAGAAAGCAAUAACAACUUUCUUCGACUCUGGUGCUAAAAAUCUAACGCUCAUAAUACCAAAAUCGCUUCAUAGCAGAGUCAUUCAUGUCUCUGAGGAUAUAAACACUGAGUUGACUGAAAUAUGGAGCACACCAUUCAGCUUGGAUUUCGAUCAUUACGAUUUUGAAGAUUUAAAGACACUCACCCCUGGCAUGACAAUAUUUAACAUUCAGAAAAAGGAUGUUGACUCUCAGUAA